AUGUCAGUGAGCGUACGGUUCAGACAUCCCCUAGUUCGCCACUUCAGGGACAAGACUCUGCCCUGCAUUGACACGCUGACGGUGAGCCACAUCCGCCAGGAGACCGGACCGUACGCGCCGCUUCAUGACGUCAGUCUGUGCAUGCACCGGCGCGAGUGCCUCGCCCUGCUAGGACCCACAGGUUCAGGUCGGUCCCUGCUGUUGCGCGUACUCACCGCACAACUUCCGGUGUCAGAUGGCAACGCUCACCUCCUCGGCGCCGACCUCUUCGCUCAUUCGAGCGAGUUCGUCCGGGCGCUGGGCUACGCAUCCGAAGAGCGCAACGCCACUGGUUGGUUGACGGGCCGCCAGGUGCUUCGUCACGUGGCCCGCAUGCGUCGCGUGCCCCCCAAGGCCGUGGCGGUAGUGGUCGAGCAGCUCCUCCGUAUGCUGGACCUUGUCGACCAGUCCGAGCGCAACGUGGCCGCAUACAGCAACGGCGAGCGUGCCAAGCUGGCCGUCGCGCUGGCCUUGGUGGGCGCGCCACCCGUCGUGCUAUUAGACAAGCCGACCGAAGGACUGGACCCCGUGGCCCGACGUCGCGUCUGGCACACUAUCAUCACCUUCGUAAAGAAGACGCACAUGUCUGUGUUACUGGCCACCGACGACAUCGAGGAGGCAGAGUCCGUGGGUUCUCGAGUGUUGUUCCUGCACCGGGGACGUGCGCGGCCUAUGCUCCGCGAGCAAGACCUGUAUCCAGGUGUGGAGCGAGGAUACGAGAUCACCAUGUCCCUGGAUGGCUUGAGUGGCCUGACUGCAGCCGCUGCGCAGCAAGAGGUCAAUGACACUGUACAGAGCCUGUUCCCGGGCCGCAACCUCGCUGUCACCAGGCUGAAGUCCUACGUGCGAUUCCGCGUCAUGGACGACUCGGUCGAUUGGGAGCUGCUGGUCGACGCCCUCGACGGCUUGCGGCGCUCCCUGGGUCUGUCCGAUUGCCGCGUGCUGGCCACCACUGUGCUGCAGUGCGCCUUCUACCGCCGCCUCGUGGAGAUACCAUCGACACCGGCGCCAUCGCUUCUCAUGUCGCCCGCCUCACCCGUGCCCGGCCUGGCCGCUGCUGGAGGCGCCGGGGAGCUGUACGCUGGCCCGCCGCCACGCUCGGCAUACCCCAGCCGCUACGCAUACCCGACGGGCAAGAAAUAA